AUGGCCUCGGAACUCCCCACCACCAACGGCACCGGCGCCGCAGCAGAUGGCCAGGCCAACAACUUCCAGGUCAAGGCCGGUCUGGCCCGUAUGCUGAAGGGCGGAGUCAUCAUGGACGUUGUGAACGCCGAGCAGGCCCGCAUAGCAGAGGAAGCCGGCGCCGCAGCAGUCAUGGCCCUCGAGAGAGUGCCAGCCGACAUCCGCGCCCAGGGCGGCGUCGCACGCAUGUCCGACCCCAAGAUGAUCAAGGAGAUCAUGGACACUGUCACCAUCCCCGUCAUGGCGAAGGCCCGUAUUGGCCACUUCGUCGAAUGCCAGAUCCUCGAAGCCAUCGGCGUCGACUACAUCGAUGAGUCCGAAGUCCUCACCCCCGCCGACAACGUCCACCAUGUCGAGAAGCACGGCUACCGCGUGCCGUUCGUGUGCGGCUGCCGCAACCUGGGCGAGGCCCUGCGGCGCAUCAGCGAGGGCGCCGCCAUGAUCCGCACCAAGGGUGAGGCCGGCACGGGCGACGUCGUCGAGGCCGUCCGCCACAUGCGCACCGUCAACGCCGAGAUCGCCCGCGCCGCCAACAUGACGGACGAGGAGCUGCGCAUCUUCGCAAAGGAAAUCGGCGCCCCCUUCGACCUGCUCAAGCAGACGGCCCAGCUCAAGCGCCUCCCCGUCGUCAACUUCGCCGCCGGCGGUGUCGCUACCCCCGCCGACGCCGCCCUCAUGAUGCAGCUCGGCUGCGACGGCGUCUUCGUCGGCUCCGGCAUCUUCAAGAGCGGCGACGCGAAGAAGCGCGCUAAGGCCAUCGUCCAGGCCGUCACCCACUUCCGCGACCCCAAGGUCCUGGCCGAGGUCAGCAUGGACCUGGGCGAGGCCAUGGUCGGCCUCAACGUCGAGAAGAUGCCUGAGGCCGAGAGGUUGGCCAAGAGGGGAUGGUAA